CACAAUGCACUGCAUCUCGUCCUUUCUGCCCCGCGUGUGGGGGUCGGGGAGGAGGAGUCCGCGGUUAAUCCGCUCCUCCUUCCCCUCAUCCUACCCGGCCUGGCAGCUGCCUGGGACCGAGGCCGCCAUGAGCAAGCGGAAGGCGCCGCAGGAGAGCCCCAACGCGGGGAUCACGGACUUCCUGAGUGAGCUGGCGAACUACGAGAGGAACGUGAACAGAGCCAUCCACAAGUACAACGCGUACAGAAAAGCAGCUUCUGUAAUAUCCAAGUAUCCAAGCAAGAUAAAAAGUGGAGCUGAAGCAAAGAAGCUGGAAGGAGUAGGGGCUAAAAUAGCUGACAAGAUCGAUGAGUUUUUAUCCACUGGAAAACUACGUAAGCUUGAAAAGAUUCGACAGGAUGAUACAAGCUCAUCUAUCAAUUUCUUGACCCGAGUUAGUGGCAUAGGCCCUUCUGCAGCUAGGAAGCUUGUAGAUGAAGGGAUAAAGACAUUGGAAGAUCUAAGGAAAAAUGAACACAAGCUGAAUCAUCAUCAGCGAAUUGGGCUAAAAUAUUUUGAAGACUUUGAGAAAAGAAUCCCUAGAGAAGAGAUGUUACAGAUGCAGGAAAUUGUAUUGAAAGAGGUUAAGAAACUGGACCCCGAAUAUAUUGCUACAGUCUGUGGCAGUUUCAGGCGAGGUGCGGAAUCAAGUGGGGAUAUGGAUAUUCUCCUGACCCAUCCAAGUUUUACUUCUGAAUCGACCAAACAGCCAAAGCUUUUGCACCAAGUUGUAGAACAAUUGAAAAAAAUCCACUUUGUCACUGACACAUUGUCAAAGGGUGAUACGAAAUUCAUGGGUGUAUGUCAGUUGACAAGCGAAGAAGAUGGAACCAAUUAUCCAUACAGGAGAAUCGAUAUCAGGCUGAUCCCCAAGGAUCAGUAUUAUUGUGGAGUACUGUACUUCACAGGCAGUGACAUAUUCAAUAAGAACAUGAGAACUCAUGCCCUAGAAAUGGGCUUCACAAUCAACGAGUACACAAUCCGGCCCUUGGGAGUUACUGGAGUUGCUGGGGAGCCCCUCCCAGUAGAGAGUGAAAAGGAUAUCUUUGACUACAUACAGUGGAAGUAUCGAGAGCCAAAAGAACGGAGUGAAUAACUUGCAUUUAUAGGUUUACUAGCUAGUGCUCACUUAUUUUGUAGCUUUUAUGAAUAAUCAUCAGAGUCAAAGCUAGGUGCAUAUUUAUUGCUUGAAUAUUACUUCAGAAGGUGUAUAUUACUGACACUGUUUUUAAACAGUAGUUCCAUGGCACUAGAGUAAAAUAUGUUGUAAAAUUAAAUCACCUAGCAUUGCAACUUGAUUACUUUCCUUUUAUUCAAAAAUAUCUUUAAUACAAACGUGGUUUUUAUCUGAAUUUUAAUUAGUCCCUUUGCUAAGGUGCUAAGAUAAGUCUGCAGGGAAGAUGAGGAACCAAGCAGCUCCCUCACGAUAAAAUUCCUCCUAGAUUAAAUUGGGAAUUGGUCCAGACUUUUGUCUUCUAAUAAUAAAUUAUAGUCUGCCUUUGUCUCCCUGGGAUACUGGAUAUCUGUGUUUAGAAAGCACAACUUUUGUUUUAUUCCUUUCCCAUACAAUUUCCAUGGAAAAAUGUGGCUGCUCAACAAGGACGAUUACUAUUAGUGUAUUCAGUGGUGGCUUCUAAAUGAAGAUAUUGUGUUUGUCUUUCAUAAAAGUCAAUGCACUUGUCAUAAUAUUUAAAAUAGUCACCAUGUGAAUAGAUUUAUGGGUGGCCAAGUUAGGUGCAAAAUAAUGAAGAAAAGUCACACUAUCCCCUCUUGUCUCUGACAGUAACAGCAUUAGUCCAUGGGGUCACUCUCUCCGCAUAAAGAAAACUGCAUUUUAAUUUUGAUACAUUUCCCUGAAGUGCUGCAAGCCAAAGCUUUCUUUUGUGGCUCUGAACAUCCUUGAAACAUUUGGGAAAAGUUUGACCCUAUUGACAAGUAAAUUGCAAUUCCUGUGAAAGAAUCUACUAGUUCCUUUAGUACAUUUUUUUAUUUUAUUUUAGUAAAUAACUAAAUAGUUGGAAAGCAGCUGGAGAACCUUUGAAUUUGAGUAUGAUAGCUAUAAAAAAGGACCCUAAAUAGUUUGUAAAAACAGACAAAAAAUCAAGCCUUUUUGUACUUCAUGCUAUCUGAAAGCAGAAGCGAUUUUGUAAGCGUCUGAUAGCUACUUAGUGCAGCCCACAAGGAUACAGCAGAGCCCAUGUGAUCUAAAUGUACAUCUAAGGUUGCCCAGUGCCCAGAUCUUGCUUUGAGCUGCAUGUUUCCUCCAGCGCAGGCCUCUGUUGGCCUGUGGAAGGUUAGGGGUAGUUUUAUAGAAUCUUGCAUAAAUUAACUCUGGAGUAGACAGCGAAUCCCUUGCUCUCCCUCUGGAGCCAGUGUGUAUUGGCUCUUUAGCUUCUCUGGCAGAUGUUUAAGCGCGACGGUUGUGGCAGCCUGGUGAGCGGUGGUCGGCAAGACAAACCAGGGCCACAAUCACAGCGUUGGAAAAUUUCUGGACCUUGAGCAACAUCUUUGUGUCCCCGGCGGGAACAGACCAGUCCUUCACGGAGAACUGGCUUACAGAUUUUGGUCCAGAAAUGGCGAGCGCAGCAAAGCCCAAAGGCACAAUCUGAAGUGCGAAGGCAGCUUUUUCCCUCUUGACCUGCAGUAAGCAGAAUAAAAUGUGUAACAUACCCCAUGUCUUCGAGGUUCUUGGCUUGAGCAGUGGGUCAGAGGAAAGUUGCUGAGCGCAAAACUGAGGAUUGCUAGCAGAGAGGGGUGAGACUUGUUUCAGACCAGUCCUGAUCUGCCCCAUUGUGGAAAGCCCUCUGUCCUCCCCUGCAAAGAUCUCUAGCUCAGGGGUGGGCAAACUACGGCCCAGGGGCCACAUCCGGCCCUCCAGAUAUUUUAAUCUGGCCCUCGAGCUCCCAGCAGGGUCAGGGCUUGCUUCCUGAUCUCCUUCCUUAGAAGUUUUUAAGGUCAGGCUUGACAAAGCCCUGGCUGGGAUGAUUUAAUUGGGUAUGGGUCCUGCUUUUGAGCAGGGGGUUGGACUAGAUGACCUCCUGAGGUCCCUUCCAACCCUGAUAUUCUAUACCUCUAUGAUUCUAUGCUCUGCAUGGCACCUGGAAGCAGCAGCAUGUCCCUUCUGCGGCUCCUAUGUGUAGGGGCAGCCCGGGGGCUCCACAUGCUGCCCCCACCCCAACCGCUGCUCCCACAGCUCUCGUUGGCUGGGAACCGUGGCCAAUGGGAGCUGCAGGGGCGGCGCCUGUGGGCGAGGCAGCAUGCAGAGCUGCCUGGUUGUGCCUCCAUUUAGGAGCCAGAGUGGGGGAUGUUCUGCUGCUGGGAGCUGCUUGGGAUAAGCGCCGCCCAGAGCCGGCACGGCCGACUCCCUCCCACAGCCCAAACUCCUGCCCUCCGAACCCCUUUGUCACAGCCCGGAGCUCACACCCCCAGCCGGAGCCCUCACUCCCUCUGGCACCCCAACCCUCAAUUUCAUGAACAUUCAUGGCCUGCCAUACAAUUUCCAUACUCAGAUGUGGCCCUUGGGCCAAAACAUUUGCUCAGCCCUGCUCUAGCUGAUCUUCCAGCUUAAAAAUCAGCAGGCAUGCUCAUGGGUUACAUGUCAGUCAUAACUGUGGACAAGGCUUGCAAGAAUCUUCCUUCAUAUGGGGAUUAUUUUUCUAAUUGAAAAAGAUCUUUGGGCUCCUAAUCCCUACCAGUUUUACCAUUUUGAAAUCUCUCUGCUUUAUUCACCAAAGAAAUUAGCAGCUAGUGUGGUGCCUGUGGAACAUUACCAGCUGAUAAUAGAAGCUACUACUACUACGGCUCUGUUUUUGUCUAAUAUUUUAAAAAGAAAAAGCUGCACUGUCUACAGAUUGCACACAUAACCUGUCUAUAGAAUCAUAGGACUGGAAGGGACCUUGAGAGGUCAUUUCGUCCAGUCCCCUGCCCUCAUGGCAGGACUCAGUAUUAUCUAGACGAGUGCUUCUCAAACUAUCUGAUGUGGGGGACUGGCAAUUUUUUUUUCCCAUGUGCGUGCAGACCAGUAGCCGAUGGCUCACGGACCGGCACCGGUCUGCGGACCACCACUUUGAGUAGCACUGAUCUAGACCAUCCCUGACAGGUGUUUAUUUAACCUGCUCUUAAAAAUUGCUAAUGUUGGAGAUUCCACACCCUCCUUGGGCAAUUUAUUCCAGUGCUUAACCGCACUGACAGGAAGUUUUUCCUGAUGUCCAACCUAAACUUCCCUUGCUGCAAUUUAAGCCCUUUGCUUCUUGUCCUGUCCUCGGAGAUUAAGGAGAGUAAUUUUUCUCCGUCUUCCUUGUAACAACCUUUUUACAUACUUGAAAACUGUUAUCCUUUCCCCCUUCUGUCUUCUCCAAACUAAGCAAACCCCAUUUUUUCAGUCUUCCCUCAUAGGUGAUGUUUUCUAAACCUGUAACCAUUUUUGCUGUUCUUCUUGGGAGUUUCUCCAGUUUGUCCACAUCUUUCCUGAAAUGUGGUGCCCAGAACUGGACAAAAUACUCCAGUUGAUGCCUAAUUAGCGUGGAAUAGAGUGGAAGACAAGAAUGUAUUUGAGUAACCUAACUCUCCCUUUCCUAAGUUCUCUCUUUCCAUAUAUGCCUAUUUGUGAUUUACUCUUAAAUUGUAAGCUCUUUGAGAAAGAGAUUUUCCUCUCUAUGGCCCCAUUCCUACAACCAUUUAAGCACAUGCAUAAGUGUUUGCAAUUUCAGACCUAGCAUAUGCUAAUAUAGUACGAAUAAUUAAUAGUAGUAAUAGUUCUUUUGAGCUUUAUGAAUAACUGAGCUCUUUGAGACCUUAUUGCCCUCUGCUGCUUUGGUUCUGUUUGAUCCUUUUCUAAUAAUGUCAGUUUCCCUAGGUUAAUGUUGUUAUAUGAAUUUUAACUUUUGUAUUCCCUGUCUUAUUUGUUAAUGUAAUAUUAAGGUUACAUAUUUAGUUUCUUGCAUUUAGAGAUAUUCAUAUAACGUUACCUGUAAAAUGGGGAUACUGAUACUGACCUUUAUUAAGUGCUUUGAAAUCUGAUGAAAAGCACAACAUAGCAGCUAGGUAUUAUCUAUUAUUAAAUGCAAACAAUGUGAAGACAGCCCCAAAGAGUGGUAUCCUAAAAUGAACUUACAUCCUGGCAAUAACCUAUGUUAGAAAAUUUACAAAUAAGAAACUAAUCUAACAAUGUUUAUUCUGAGCAAGUACUAGCACUCGCAAUUUAAAUAAAUGGAGAAUGGCACAUUGCUGAAUGUUCUUUUAACAAAGCCUGACCUCUUUCUCCCCCUCCCGCCCCCACACACCUUUGCUAGUUUGCUAUAACUAGCAGAGUUGGUUUCUGACUUAUGACAGGUGAUUUGUAAUGAGCACAGUGUAAAUUGCUAAGUCGAUCCAGAUUCCAUGCUGCACUUAGUGCAGCCGGGGAUGGAGAGGGACACCAAGGUAGUUGUACUUCAGGUUUGGUACCUGGAUUCUAGAACUGUCCAGGGGCCCAAAGGCUGCAAUAAUUUGAACUUGGCUGUCCCUAGCUCAAAAGGUGGUCGAAAGCUGAGAAUAGCCUUGGAAUAAGGACAUUCCAGCUGUGCCCCCUAUGCCAGUGGCACACCGGGGGUGGCAGAGAGCUGCUUUUCCUGAUGAAAAGGGAAUUUCCAGAUAACAGCCAGAAGGCUUGCUUCAUCAAGUUUUGCAUCACCAGAGCGGGGUCCAGAAUCUCGUCAAAAUAUUCCUAGUGAGUAAAGAGACCAUGUGGAUGAGGUAAUAUGUUAUUGGACCAACCUCUGUUUGUGAGAGAGACGAGCUUACAAAGAGCUUGAAUAUAAAAGAAGUUACCUCACCCACCUUGUGUCUCCAAUAUCCUGGGACUGAUGUGGCUGCAACACUGUAUCCAAAUCUAAUGCCUCAUGGUAAAGAUAGUUGCUUGUUUUAAAGAAAUGCUGGAGAGUUUGAUGAUCUCAACGUUAGCAGGAGGUAUAAAGGCCUUUUAUAAGUUCACAUUUGAGACGUACAUAAUUUAUGACCUAAUCUUCGUAUAAGGA